AUGGCAACUACAGUUGCGUCAGGGUCAACGAUACUCCCGAAUCCAACUGUUUAUGUCCGGAAUUUGGAAGAAAGGAUCAAAAUCGAUCAAUUAAAAGAAGCGCUGACCGAGAUCUUCUCCGAGUACGGCUCGAUCCUCGAGAUAGUCGCGAAAACGAACUUGAAGGCGAAAGGACAAGCGUUUAUUGUGUUCGAUAAUGUUGACUCUGCUACCCGCGCAAUUGACGAAGUCAAUGGCUUUGAGCUGUUCGAGAAACCCAUGGUCUUAGAGUAUGCGAAAACAAGAAGUGAUGCUACAGUGCUGAGAGAAGGAGGGGGCGAGGAAUUAGAGGCUCACAAACGCAAGAGAUUAGCUGAGAAAGAACGCAAGCAAGCACAAGACGCCCUAGAAGCCCAGAAGAAAUUGAAACGCCCUGCCGGUGCUGCGGGCGCUGCUGGCGGACCAGAUUCACGACCAGCAAAGGCAGCAAAGGGAGCUGGACUUAAACCAACGGGGGCGGCUGCGGCACCUGUCAUACCCGACGAAUACUUGCCCCCAAACAAGAUCCUGUUUUUACGGGACUUACCCGAGACGUACGAUGCAGAUGGUUUGAGCGCUAUAUUUGGAAGGUUUCCCGGCUUUAAGGAGGUUCGCAUGGUACCAGGGAGAAAAGGUAUCGCGUUCGUUGAAUAUGAUAAUGAAUCCGGAGCAAUCAGCGCAAAGGAGGCUACAUCAGGUAUGGCCCUAGGCGAAAACGAAAAGCCAAUCAAGGUCACAUACCAGAGGCAAUAA